ACUAAUUCAAGCAAACCCACAUAAACCACUGUAUCUUCCCCAUGCAAUCCAUAUCAUCUUCUUUUAUCAAAACCCACCAACUCUUUUUUUCCUAACCAUUUUCCAAUGCACACUUUGACUUAUGUUUUCUAUAAAUCAAUUCUCAUCAUUUAUUGAAAUCUUUAUCUUUGCUCAUAUUUCCAUGUUCUUCCUCUGGUCUCUGACCUUUUUUGGACCGUUCAUUUCAUUAAAUAUACUGCCUCCUUCUCAUCCCCCUCAAUAACACAGUUACAGUUGUAUAGCUAUCUCCAUGCAUCAUUAAUGGCAUUUUCUGCAGCUGACAGACAGAAAAAAUGUGCAUGCAUACCCUUAUUUAAUGCCUUAUCUGACCCAACUCGCCCUUCCAUGCAAUCCACCGCCAUGAACCGUGAAAAACUACUCUUUUUUAUACUUUCUUGAACUUUUUUCUUCUGCUUAUUCAAGGUCUUAAAGAUUGAUAUGGCCUUGUUUAAAGAGGUGGUGAUGGUUUUUUUUGUUGUUUUGCUGUCUUUUUUGUUUGGUUUUGUUAUGUGUCAAAAUGAAGAUUUGGCGGUUCUUUUAGAGGUCAAGAAGUCGUUUCUUGAUGACCCGGAAAAUGUUUUGCAUGAUUGGAAUCGAAGCAACUCGAAUUUUUGUACUUGGAGUGGAGUUACUUGUGGGUUCAACUCGGUUUCUGGCUCAGCUCAAGUUGUGGGUUUAAACCUGUCUGACUCGUUGUUAUCUGGUUCGGUGUCACCUUUGUUGGGUCGGUUGCAUGACCUAAUCCAUCUUGAUCUUUCUUCUAACAGCCUAACGGGUCCCAUUCCAACUGCUCUUUCAAACUUAUCUUCGUUGGAAUCUCUACUCUUGUUCUCUAACCAACUCACUGGUUCUAUUCCAACUCAACUCGGUUCUCUCGCGAGUCUUCGUGUCUUGAGAAUCGGUGAUAAUGGACUCACUGGGUCUAUUCCUGCAUCCUUUGGUGAUCUUACCAAUUUGGUCAGUCUUGGUUUGGCCUCAUGUAGUCUCACAGGCAUAAUACCUCCUCAACUCGGAAGACUCAACCGAGUUGAGAAUUUGAUUCUGCAACAGAAUCAGCUGGAGGGACCGAUUCCUGCUGAGUUAGGAAACUGUUCAAGCCUAACUGUCUUCACUGUUGCUCUCAACAAUCUGAAUGGAUCAAUACCAAAGGAAUUGGGUCGCUUACAAAAUCUUAAUAUCCUAAAUCUGGCCAAUAAUAGCCUAUCAGGGGAAAUUCCGAGUCAACUCGGAGAAAUGACUCAGCUCAUUUAUCUAAAUUUAAUGGGGAACCAUAUUUCAGGUCCAAUUCCAAAGUCAUUAGCCAAACUGGGUAAUCUUCAGAGUCUUGAUUUAUCAUUAAACAACCUGACAGGAGGCAUUCCUGACGAACUCGGCGACAUGGAUCAGCUUCUGUACCUGGUUUUGUCAAACAACAAUCUAUCAGGUGUCAUUCCGACAAGCAUUUGCUCGAAUGCUACUAAUUUGAUGAGUUUGAUUCUGUCAGAGCUUCAACUUUCCGGUCCGAUUCCGAAAGAAUUAAGACAUUGUCCAUCACUGCAGCAGAUUGACUUAUCCAACAACACCCUUAACGGGUCAAUACCCAAUGAAAUCUACGAUAUGACUCAGCUGACUCAUCUCUAUCUCCACAACAACACUCUGAUGGGUUCAAUAUCUCCCCUGAUAGCAAAUCUCAGCAACCUGAAGGAGCUUGCACUUUAUCACAACAAUUUAAAAGGCGGCCUGCCGAAAGAGAUUGGCAUGCUUGGAAAUCUUGAAAUAUUGUAUCUUUAUGAUAAUCAGUUAUCUGGCAAGAUUCCUGUCGAAAUUGGCAACUGUUCGAGCUUGCAAAUGGUCGAUUUCUUCGGAAAUCGUUUUAACGGGGAGAUACCGUUUUCAAUCUGGAGACUGAAGGGACUAAAUUUGCUUCAUUUGAGGCAAAAUGAGCUUGUGGGUGAGAUUCCUGUUAGUUUGGGUAACUGUCAUCAACUAACUAUUCUGGAUUUGGCAGAUAAUAAUCUCUCAGGAGGGAUUCCUGCAAGUUUCGGGUUUCUCCAAGCUUUAGAACAGCUGAUGCUUUAUAACAAUUCUCUUCGAGGUAAAAUUCCUGAUUCACUUGCCAAUUUACGAAACCUGACAAGAAUCAAUCUUUCAGGAAACAGAUUGAAUGGUAGCAUUGCUCCAUUGUGUAGCUCGAGUUUGUUUCUUUCUUUCGAUGUAACGGAUAAUGAAUUUGAUCAGGAGGUUCCUUUACAACUAGGGAAUUCGCCUUUUCUUGAAAGGUUAAGACUAGGAAACAAUAAGUUUACGGGUAAAAUUCCGUGGACGUUUGGAAAAAUUCGCCAGUUGAGUUUGUUAGACCUGUCAGGAAAUUCGCUUACGGGUGCUAUACCUCCAAGCCUUAUGUUGUGCAGCAAAUUGACUCAUAUUGAUCUGAAUAACAACUUUCUUUCUGGGUCUAUACCAUUGUGGCUUGGCAGGGUGAAACAGUUGGGAGAGCUGAAGCUCUCCUCUAAUCAAUUCGUUGGGUCGCUUCCGCCGCAGCUGUUUAAUUGUUCCAAAUUACUGGUUCUUUCUCUUGAUGGGAAUUCACUCAAUGGAACUCUUCCUGUUGAAGUUGGCAAGUUGGAAUCUCUUAAUGUUCUCAACCUCGAGCGCAACCAGAUGUCAGGGUCAAUCCCUCGUGAUCUCGGUAAGCUAAGCAAGCUGUAUGAGCUUAGGCUGUCGCAUAAUAGCUUCAGUGGUGAAAUACCAUUUGAGCUUGGACAGCUGCAGAAUCUUCAGAGCAUGUUGAAUCUCAGUUACAAUAAUCUCACUGGUUCGAUUCCGGCUUCCAUAUCAACAUUGUCCAAGCUUGAAGCUCUUGAUUUAUCUCACAAUCAACUUGUAGGAGAAGUCCCUCCUCGAGUCGGCGAAAUGAGCAGCCUGGGAAAGCUUAAUUUAUCAUACAACAAUCUUCGAGGAAAAUUAGGCGAGCGAUUCUCACACUGGCCAGCUGACACGUUCGAAGGGAAUCUGAAUCUCUGUGGAACGCCUCUUGAUCACUGCGAUGGAUCUGGUUCAGGGAAUAGACAAUCUGGACUAAGCGAAUCCAUGGUGGUCGUUGUCUCAGCAAUAACAAGCUUAGUUGCAAUUAGUCUACUGUUAGUUUUGCUUGCUUGUUUCUUCAAACACAGGCGAGAAUCUCUUAAAAGAGCAAGUGAACUGAACCUGUUUUACUCGUCUAGUUCGUCAAAAGCACAGCGCAAACCACUGUUUCAAAAUGGUGUAGCCAAGAGAGACUUCAGAUGGGAAGAGAUCAUGAAAGCCACAAAAAACUUGAGUGAUGAGUUCAUCAUUGGCUCGGGAGGGUCCGGAACAAUCUAUAGAGCUGAAUUGCACACGGGAGAAACAGUGGCCGUAAAAAGGAUUCUGUGGAAAGAUGACUACCUGCUUAACAAAAGCUUCACGAGGGAAGUGAAGACACUCGGAAGGAUCCGGCACAGGCAUCUGGUGAAGUUGCUGGGAUAUUGUACCAACAGAGGAGCAGGUUCUAAUCUGUUAAUUUACGAGUAUAUGGAGAAUGGAAGCGUGUGGGACUGGUUGCAUCAAAAACCGGUUAAUAGCAAAAUGAAGAAAACUUUAGACUGGGAAGCGAGGUUAAAAAUAGCUGUGGGAUUAGCUCAGGGAGUGGAGUACCUGCACCAUGAUUGCGUGCCGAUGCUGAUCCAUAGAGAUAUCAAGUCAAGCAAUGUGUUAUUGAGUUCCGAUAUGGAAGCACAUCUGGGGGAUUUCGGAUUGGCCAAGGCGAUGGUGGAGGAUUACGACUCCAACACAGAAUCCAAUUCAUGGUUUGCUGGCUCUUACGGCUAUAUUGCGCCAGAGUAUGCCUAUUCGUUUAAGGCCACAGAAAAGAGCGAUGUUUACAGCAUGGGUAUCGUGCUGAUGGAACUUGUGACAGGAAAAAUGCCGACAGAUUCAUUCUUCGGGGUUGACAUGGACAUGGUGAGAUGGGUAGAAAAGCAUAUUGAAAUGGAAGAAUCAGGACGAGAACAGUUGAUAGAUCCUGAACUGAGACCGAUGUUACCAGGUGAAGAAUCUGCUGCAUAUCAAGCACUAGAAAUUGCCCUGCAAUGCACUAAAGCCAGCCCCUACGAGAGGCCUUCGUCCCGGAAAGCCUGUGAAUUCCUCCUUCAUUUGUUCCAUAAUCGAUUGGUGGAUUUCAAGAAGUUGAAUUCAGAUUCUCACAAAUAUAGUUCCUGACAAUUGUUUUUAAGGGAUUGAAGUUUCAAAAAAAAAAGUCAAAAUAAACUAGAAGCAUCACUAUUGGUUUUGUAAAUCCUGUGCUAACUUCAGGUUUUUAAUUUUAGUAAAUGCAUUAUUGCACCA